UCUUUCACUGUCGGUCCUCUCUCUCUCUCUCUCUGCGCCUCUUUGUUGCAUGUAGGUUUUCUUCCAUUGCAGCUUAGCCUUCUUCAGAUCAUAAGUGUUGGUUUUCGUUUAGUGAUUCUGGUUUCUGCUAGCUGAUUUUGUUGUUCUUUGAUCACCUUGUGUAAUUCGUCUGUUUUUCUCGAUUCGUGUGGGAACGAUCUCACUUUUGAUCUCUUUGUGUUUAGUUUUUUUUUAAACGAAAUCACUUCUCUACUGUGGUGUUGUCUUCUUGUGUGAUCAGUCGUUUUAUGAUCUGGUUCCCGUCUGUAGUUUGAAGAAAUCAGCUUCGAUCUCUGUGAUCACUUUGAUUUCUAGCUUGAUCAAGAUAAAGAGAAAGGAGGUUUUGAUCGGUUAAAUUAAGUUUAGGGGUUUUGAUUGAUUCGAUAAUGGUGGAUCUCAGUGAUAAGGGAUCAGACUGUGAAGAUAUGAUGAACAGCAAGAGCAGCCCUGAGAGAUGUGGAUCAUCUUCAUCGGACGGUGGUAGUCAUUUGAUCAAAACUUGUGCUGAUUGUGGGACCACUAAAACCCCUCUCUGGAGAGGUGGCCCUGCUGGCCCUAAGUCUUUAUGCAAUGCUUGUGGGAUCAGAAGCAGAAAGAAGAGAAGAGCACUUUUGGGGCUAACAAAAGAUGAUAAAAAACAAAAGAAAACAACCACCAUGGCUGCUGCUGCCACCUCUACAUCCGGCGGAGAUAGUCAAACCAGUGGGUUGACCACCAAUAAGAGCAGCAGACAGAUGGGUGAUUUCUGUUUAAAAAGGAAGCUAAUGGCACUUGGAACAGAGGUUGUGUUGCAGAGACCAAGAUCCACCAUUACAAAACAGAGGAGAAAGCUUGGUGAAGUAGAACAAGCUGCACUCUUAUUGAUGGCAUUGUCUUGUGGAUCGGUUUACGCAUGAAGAAACAAUUGAUCGCAGUUUCGGUAGUUUCGUAUUGUUUUGUUUUUGUUCUGAAGAUUGAGGAUCAAGAAGAAAUUGAGCUUAAUUUACGAGAGAUGUUGUUUUCUUGACGAACAAAAGAUGCAUCUUCUUAGGUUGUUCUCUUUGAUUCUUAAUGAUGAAAAGAAGGCUAUUUUUAUGUUAAAUCUA